GUGACUCGCCGGCCGCCGAAACACAGCAGCAGGUGGGAGGACGAGGCUUGCUGCUCAUUACUAGUGCCAUUUCCCCCUGAUCCACACACCUCACCCCGUGUUGCACCUGCUGUCAGCGUGUGCGAUUAAGGAGAAUAAAAAGAUGCUCAGAAGCUGGAGACCAUUAUCAUUGCUACUCCACAGGCAGCAGAGAGUUGUGGUCUGUAAAGGCUGUCACUGGCGGAAGCACGGCAGCAGUAGUGGCAGCUCCCGCAGGUGCAUUAGUUGUGCUGCAAAUGCCCAGUUCCUCCCCAUCAGCCGCUCCACCUCACAGCUGAUCCCCGGUGCCCACCACAAAACUAACCACACCAACAACACUUACCCUCACUCAUCUCUCUGCCAGUUUGUCAGACGGCACAUGAUGGGUUCCCAGCAUGAGCUGCCACUGGACACCCCAAUCCUCUACCUGAAGGUGGAGGAGGCAUUUGCCGGCCUCACUGCCAAGGAGCGUCACUAUGCACACCACCUCUCCCGUGCCUCCUGGUGGGGCGGCUUCAUUGUGCUGUGCCAGACGUCCCCAGAGAGUCCCGUCAUCUUCAACCUCCUCACCCGCCUCCUCCGGUCACAACCUUUGGACACCCUGAAGGAGGUGGCUAUUGGGAAGGCCGGCUUCACAGAAGAUGAGUUCAAGUCCCUUAUGGUGUAUUACUCCUGCCUGGCAUUUAACCUUGGUAAUUAUCUUGGCUUUGGGGACCGCAAGUUUGUGCCCAGCGUGAGUCGGGAGAAGCUGGAGAGUCUGAUCCGGGCGUCCAAGGCCAGCCUGGAGGCCCCGGAGGUGAUGGAGGACUACAUGAGCCGUGCGCUGGGCCCCAUGUAUGACCUGCAGGAAAACAAGAAGUUCCUGGGCAUGCCUCCAGGGGGAGUCACCAUGUACUUCACUCCUAACUGCACCCAGGAGGACGCAGACCUGGCCCGGGAGUUCAUGGCUGCCAAGAACAUGGAGGCAUGGAACACUCGCCUGCUGAAGUACGAGGAGGACGGCCAAACGAUGCUGGACAUCCGUCUGGCCUCGGUGGAGAGCAGCUCCACCCCAGCCAUCACCAUCCAUGCCGAGGACUUCCGGGGCCACAAGUUCAAGGUGAGCCGCGGUGACUACUCCUUCUUCCUGGCCAAGCUGAACGAGGAGCUGCAGCUGGCCAAGGGACACGCUGCCACCCAGGCCGAGGUGCAGAUGCUGGAGAAGUAUGCCGAGAGCUUCCGGGAUGGCACAGUGCAGGCACACAAGGACGGCUCCAUGGCCUGGGUCAAGAACCGCUCCCCUGCAGUGGAGUCCUACACGGGCUUCAUCGAGGUGUACCGUGACCCUGUCAACCAGCGUGCCGAGUUUGAGUCCUUCGUGGCCGUGGUGAACCGGGAGCAGUCACGCAAGUUUGACACACUGGUAGAACGUGCUGAGGAGGAGUUCUUGCCACUCCUGCCUUGGGGCCGUGAGUUUGAGGAGGACACCUUCAUGCGGCCUGACUUCUCCUCCCUAGAUGUGGUGACCUUCGCCGCCUCGGGUCUGCCCAUCGGCAUCAACAUUCCCAACUACAAGGAUGUGAAGGAAGAGCACGGCUUCAAGAACGUGAGCCUGACCAACGUGAUGGCAGCGCGCACCGGUAUCAAGGGUGGCCCCUUCCUGUCAGCUGCCGACCACACCCUCAGGGAGAAGCACGGGGCCCUGGCACUGGAGAUACAGGUGGGCCUUCACGAGCUGCUUGGCCAUGGCUGCGGCAAGUUCCUGAGGAGGAAGGAUGAUGGGACACUCAACUUUGAUCCAGAGAAAGUCAAGAACCCUUACACAGGAGAGGCUGCUGCCUUUUAUGAGAAGGGUGAGAACUACAACAGUCGCUUCACCAAUCUGGCCAGUGCCUAUGAAGAGUGCCGGGCUGAGACUGUGGCCCUUUACCUGGGCCUGGUGGACCCCAUUUUGGACAUCUUUGGGGUGUCUGAGAGUGACCGGGAGGACCUCAAGUAUGUGUCCUGGCUAGACAUGAUGUAUGCUGGCCUGAAGGGCCUGGAGAUGUACCAGCCCACACAGGGCAAGUGGGGCCAGGCUCAUUCCCAGGCACGUUACGUCAUUCUGCGUGUGGCCCUGGAGGCCGGCGGUGGCCUGGUCACCCUCACUGAGACCACAGGUGAGGAUGGCCUGCCCGACUUGCUGCUGUCCUUGGACCGCACCAAGAUAGAGAGUGUGGGCCGGCAAGCCAUGGGGGACUUCCUGACUAAACUGCAGGUGUACCGGUCCAUGGGAGACAGCAAGGCCGGCCGGGCCAUGUUUGAGAAGUAUUCAGAGGUGCCAGCCGAGGGGCCGCACCCCUUCGCCAAGUGGCAUGAGAUAGUGGUGCGCAAGCGUCGGCCACGCAUGGUGCUGGCCAUGCCCAAUACCCGGGCCGUGGGUGAUGAUGUGGAGCUGGUAAGCUACACUGAGGCGACUGACUGUGUGGUGCAGUCGUGGGUGGAUCGCUUCUCCCCAGAGGAGUAUGAGCAGGUGGAGGCAGCACUGAUGGCCUUCACUAACACCUGGACCAAGUGAGGGCACACUAGGGCACCACUGACUCCAACACACACCACACCACACAGUUCCUGCAGCUCCACACCACACACUGUGGCCUGAGGGUGAGAAGGCUAUUUGCUGAUGCUAAUGAUGAUGAUUUUAUUACAUUUAUACUGGUAA